AUGAAGAUCGACCCUCUGUACCGUCCUCAUUACAAAAGCGUCUUCGAUGGACUCUGCGGUAAGUUGGGGAAGGCUAUGGGAUUUGGUGUCACGGCCCUCCAGAACUCCGUUACAGAUACUAACGAUGUGAGGAAAAUUGCUCAGCAUUUGAUGGAAAUAAUGGAGAAACAAUUUCAUCAGCUAACAAAACAAUUAAAAAAAGAAAUGGAACAAACAAAACAAAAAAACGAACAUCGGCAACUAACCGUGGAUGAUCAUAGCUCAGAAUCAGACGCGUACGAAGUCGAUGAAUCUUCUAAAAUGCAAUUACCGGUAAAUGAUAUUACUCUUGGUGCUGGUGAUACUCAAGCUUCAAGACAAAGUAACAGCACAUCAAAUGCACCAACACAUAGUGAAGAUAUUUUCACAAAUAUGCAACAGUCUUAG